CCAAGACAUAGACUCAUCAAGGGGAGCUUGGCAGCAUCGGUAAACGACCCGUAGAAGCAGUAAACACAUUAAGUGGAUGUUGUAGGAGCGCUGCUCAGAGAGAUCGAUGUCGAGCCUGUCUUUUGAGUCCCUGUCUCUGGACGACAGUCCCUCUCCUGUCGAAAAUCCCGCACUGGAGGAGGGCUGGGACACAGACCUGGAGGUGAACGAAGUUAAGACGAGCAACCAGGACACGUCCACAGCUGAGAUAUACCUGCAGGCCUGCAAGCUGCUUGGGGUCGUUCCUGUGUCCUACUUCAUAAGGAACCUAGGCGCCCCCAUCAUGAACAUCAACCACCAUGGCCUUGGUCCUCAGGGAGGAAGGGCCCUGGCCAUAGCCCUCGUGACCGACAUGCAUAUUAACAACCUGGAACUUGAAGACAAUCACCUGCUUGCUGAAGGAGCUAGAUACAUGGUAGAGAUGUUAAAGGCAAAUUUCACCAUUCAACAUCUGAACUUGUCCAACAACCACCUAAAGACUGCAGGGGCAGAGUGCCUUUCAAAGAUGCUACUGGAAAACAUUUCCCUCAAAUCGAUCAAACUUUCAGGAAAUGAAUUCAUAGAGGACGACGCCAAAUAUUUUGCUGAUGCAUUGGCAAGCAACUACAGAGUGAAAGAGUUAGACCUGAGCCACAAUCAGUUUUGUGGGAGAGGUGGGGAGCAUCUGGGCCAGAUGUUAGCAAACAAUGAGGGCUUGGAGGUGUUGAAUCUGAGCUGGAAUCAUCUCAGAAUGAAAGGAGCUGUGGCCUUCUGUGCUGGGCUGAAGGUAAACGUGACCCUGAAGUACCUGGACCUGUCAUGGAAUGGCUUUGGGAAUGAAGGGGCCCUGGCUUUAGGUGAGGCGCUGAAAUACAACAACACUCUGGUGCACCUUGACUUGAACAACAACAGGAUCACUAACGAGGGGGUGGGCAUGCUGUGCAAGGGCCUGGAGGCCAACGACACCCUCAGGGUUCUGCUGCUGGCAUUCAACUCCCUUACAGUAGAGGGCGCACUUGCUCUUGUCAACGUGGUCAAGAACACACCGAAAACUGGCUUGGAGGAGAUCAACAUAUCAAACGUUCUGGUGAACGAGAACUUUGUGCAGCUGCUGGACCUGACCUGUCAGGAUCACCCCUCUCUGGAGGUGCAGUAUGGAGGAGUGGGAGGCUUCAUAGCCAAAAAACCACCCAAACGUCCAGACCCUAUGAAGGUCAUACAGGACUACCUGGACGAACGCAAACUUCGCCUCUGGGACUUUUUCAGGAACAUCGAUAAAGACGGAACAAUGCGUGUUCCAGUGGCAGACUUCCGGAAGGCUGUGCAGCAAUCCAGUAUUCCUCUGGAGCGCUUCCAGAUAGAGGAGCUGAUCCAGAGACUGGAUCGUGAAGGAACAGGCAUAGUGGACUACAGGGGUCUGGCCGACACCAGAAAGCAGAUGAUGAGGGAUCACCGGCGGCAGCUGAGGAAGGUGGAGUCGCGUCAGAAGAAGGAGAAGCAGAAGAGCGAGCGCAUCCUGAAGACCUUCCAGAGCGCUGUGGAGGCAGUGACGCCCCGCAGCUCCAUGGUCAUGUCCCCAGGAGGGACCAAGGACGACUCCAGCGGCCCCCAGCACUUCUCCGCCACCCCGCUCAGCUCCUGGCACCACAUCGUCAUGUCUAACAGCAGCCACUACUCCGUGGCCAACCUGAGCAGCGAGCACGUCCACCUCCCCGCACUAGGGGGCGCCACCCACCGGCGGCCAGCCGGAAGCUCCCCAGCCAUGCGCUCCUACUCCCAGCCUAACCUGCUGGAGGACUCCCCCCGCGUCCCCCACGCCAAGCCCACCUCGGCCCAGGGGAUGCACUCCACCUCCAAUCAGGACGUGGACCACACCAAGCUGAGUCCGACCACCAACCACCUGACCAGGUCCAGACCCGCUCUCAACGUUAAGCCGGCAGCUGGUAAAACCAAAACAAAGGGCAAGAAAGUGAAGAAGAAGAAAGGUGUUGAUAAAGCUACGCCUGAGAAGAGCCAAACUCAGUCCAGGAAGUGA